GACUUCGUCUACUACGAGGAACCUGACUUCGAAUACUUUACGAUAGGACUCAUAGAAGAGAUUAAGCUUUCUCGACGCGAAAAAUGUUCUGUUGUUGUAAAAUGUUUUUACCGCACUCGAGACAUCCCCGAAUCCGCAAAACAGUCACUUCUGGAUAGAGAACAGCAAGAGCUUCCAGGCGGCCUUAAAGCAAAUCAAGAAGUGGGUGCUUUUUUUUCAUAUUUUGAUUUUUACUAA